AUGUGGUCCUCGCCACUCGUUUCGAGGACUGCUGCGCUGGCGUCCAUCAUCUCCCACGUCUCUUCGCAGAAUGUCCCAGGAGCGAGCUUACUUCAAGGUGGCGGCGCUCCAGGGGCAGCGCCAUACGUACUCGUCGAUGCAUAUCAGCCAGCUGGCAUGCUCGACAAGUUCAGCUUCUUCGACAAGGAGGAUCCUACCCGCGGCCACGUCCAAUACGUCAACGAGACAGUCGCAACGUACAACGGGUAUGCGAACGUUGGUGAACAAGGAGGCUUUGUUCUGAAGCCUGAGACGAACGUAGCCUUUCCAGAAGGAGGCCCUGGCGUCCCCAGCGUACGCAUGGUCAGCGACAAUACUUAUAACCAUGCACUCUUCAUCAUUGAUCUCAACCACAUACCCACUGGCUGUGGUACAUGGCCUGCAUACUGGCUGCUGGGUCCGGACUGGCCUGCUACUGGCGAGAUCGACAUUAUAGAGGGAAUCCAUUACGAUACCGAGAAUUCAGUCACCAUGCACAGUAGCCCGGGCUGCACGAUUGCAGGUAGCGAUCAGGCCGGAGAGCUGAAAUACAACGACUGCGACAGCAGCGAGAACAACAAUGCAGGCUGUGGUGUCACGCUCAGUGAUCCACCAAUUGCAAACAACUUUGGCGCCCCUUUCAACCUCAACGGUGGCGGAGUUUAUGCCACGGAAUGGACCUCUGAAUACGUCAAGACCUGGUUCUUCCCUAGACAGAGCAUACCAGACUCAAUUUACAGCGCUUCGCCGGAUCCCUCGCAGUGGGGCACGCCAGCAGCAAACCACCAGGGACACUGCGACAUCGACAACCACUUCCAGAACAUGAGCAUCGUCCUGAACAUCGACUUCUGUGGCGAAUGGGCUGGCAACGUAUACAGCCAGUACGAGCAGUGUCCGCAAGGAAACAAUGCCUCAGUACAUAGCUGGACGCGUUGUGUCAACUACGUCGGAAGCAAUCCGUCUGCCUUGUCGGAAGCCUACUGGGACAUCAAUUCGCUGCGUGUAUACCAAAUGCCCGCCGACGUUGUACCAUCCUCGACAUACUCCACCAGCCUGUCGUCCGUCACGCCCAUGUCCAGCAGCAACACGAUUCCCCUCGGCAUCGGCGCUACAACUUCGACCUUGGCUUCGGUUGUGUACUCUGGCCCGGUCUCGUCCUCUACGAGCAGUGCUGUCGUCGCUCAGCCCACCUCUGGCAGCGGCGGUCUGGCGUUCCCGGCCAGUCCAUGCGAGACUCAAGGGACUCGUACCAGCUACACAAACUCUGCCGGCAUCCGAUACGACAUCUACUGUGGCGGGGACGAAGAAUGGAUCUCCGACCCUGCUGGGCGGUUAGUGGUUGCUCAAAGCUUCGACAGCUGCAUGACAAUGUGCGACGCAUACACUGGCUGUGCAGCGGUAAUCUACGACGGCGUUAAUGACUCUGGAAUUUGCUAUCUCAAACUCGCCGGUGGAUUUGUUGCUCAAGGGCGCACUGUCCCUUCCUGGGUCGCCGUGAGAGUCGAUGGUGUAGUCCCCGCGCCACCUGUCGUCGAGCCUCCACCAGCCGUAAGCACAACAUUGGUCAUCAGCGACGGCGUGACUUCGACUGCCGUUCUGCCACUCUCCAGCAGCCUGACCCCUGUCGCAAGCACGCUGACUUGCGUACCAUCUGGCAUCUUCACCCAGAUCCCGCAGCCUCCAGCCGAGCCCUGCGCAACAGACUCAGCUGUCAUUUGUGGCGGCGCGGGUGCCGAUAAGGCUACUGUGUGCGCCUCGAACGGCAACACAUAUUCCGUCAACUGCAACCAAGCAUUCAUUGGCAAAGAGAUCGACGAUUCAAUGAUCGGAGAUCUAUUGAAGCGAAUCCCAGCCGACAACUUUGCUUCGUGCCAAAGAUUCUGCGAUACUACCUCGAUUUGCGUUGCUGUCAACUACAUUGCCACUGAAUGUACCCUGUUCAGCGAAAUUACUGGAAUCACGAACUCCGUCGGAGCCGUCAACGCUGCAAAAGUCCCAGACAACGAGCCCGAGUGUCCCGGCGAUAAUGACUCCACCAUCGUCGACGCGUUCGGCUACGGUUAUCAUAUCGACUGCGGCGCUGCCGUUCUCGGAAACGACAUCGGCAGUCCUGCAUUCGCAGCCGGUAUCAGCGAAUGUUUGCCGCUUUGUGACCAGAUUGUCGGCUGUCUGGGUGUGCAGUACAGUUCCACGCAGAGGAUUUGCAAUUUCAAGUCUUCGGAGGAUGCGCUGGCGAAGUAUGGUGAUUCGAUCAUCUUCGCUGGGGGGAUUAUCUUUGAGGAGACGACGACUACCAGUUCGAGUUCCUCGUCGGUCGUGACCUCUUCGGUUAGUGAUCCAUAUAUCCCGAAUCCGCCGGUUUAUACGACGACGACCACGUCCGCUUUAUCUUCAUCGACGGAGGACCCGUAUGUUCCGAACCCGCCGGUCUUUACUACCACGACAACUUCGAGUACUGCCACGAGCUCGACUGCAUCGAGCACUUCUUCGGCGGAGGAUUCGUACUUGCCGAACCCACCUUAUGUGGACACUACUUCGAGCAGUAUCCCAGUCACAUCGUCGACAAGUAGCGAGACCACCAGCACCUCUCUGAGCGCAAACGUGCCACCAGGUGAAGAGAUCACAACCUCCAUCUCCACCUCUUCAUCGCUCUCUUCAUCAACCACCACCACGUCACUCAGCGCAUACGUCCCACCCGGCCAAGAGACGACAAGCUCCACCAUCUCCAGCGCCAUCACGCCAACACCACCAACCUCAAUCCCAACCUCGACCCCACCAACCUCCAUCACACCACCAUCUACAUCCACAUCCAUCACCUCACCCCUCUCCCCCCUCUGCUCCUACACAUCAGGAAGCUACAUCUGCCCCAAAGUACCCCGUACCUCAUCCCCAAGUUCCUCUCAAAUCACAUCAACCAUCACGACUUCACGUAGCACGUGUCCGAGAAUUGGCACCACGACAGUUAUGACGACGCAUACCAUUACGAGUUGUGGGCCGAAUCUGAAUCCGACUUAUGGGGUCAUUGGGGGGGCUGUGCCGACGGGUGGGGCUGUGGGGUAUUAG